AAAUUGAUGUAUAAAACUCUUCAUAGAGUAUACAAAAUAGCAUUACAAAAGACAUUAACAAUUAAAUCAAAAUCACAAUAUUUUGUUAAGGUUUUGCAAAAAUUUGUAAAUGAAAAUGAUAAAACUGAAAAUUUUUCUAAUAGUGAAAGUAGUUAUGAUAAUCUUUCAAGUGAUAAAGAAAAUAUUAAUAGUAAUAUAUUUUAUUUACAAAAUUCAAAAAAAAGGUGUGACAAAAGAAGACCUUUAGAUACAAAGCAUUUUAAGCUAUUUAUUGAAAAAAAUCAAG